AUUUCAAGCCUUCACAUUUUGUACUGAAGGGAAAACUUGUUUGUUUUGGGGAAACUAUUUGCCCGAGUUGGGAUUAAUCUUCCUUUAAAAGGUCGAAACGGUCAACAAAAUGACAAUUUAAGUGAAUUGCCUGAGUUUAACGUCACGAAUCAGUGAAAAUUUAGUGGAAAUUAUAAAACAUGAAGACAAAGUCGAGUGACCGACUUUUCAAUAAAUAAAUAAAUAAUGUUUCCCCUUUUUUUUCGAAGUGAGGCUUUUUUAAAGUGGACACGGAGGAGGCAGACAAGAGGAGGGGAUUGGACAGAAGGGCCAAGUUCGCCUCGCUCGUCCGUUCAUUUAUGCAAAUCCACCCCGGGCCCGAAUAAGGACACGGAGGAAUGAAACAUGGUGGCGGAGGGAGCAGGCCAACAUGGAGGCGAGAGCACCGUGAGAGCGUCACCACCGCCGCCUCCUUCUUUGUAAACCGAAAACUUUGCUCACUUCUACCGUUGGGGCGCGAUGCGGUGAAGAGGAACGACUGGUUGGCCGGCGUGGGGAGAGAGUGAGAGCAAACGACGACAACGAAGGAAGGAAAGAAGCAACGGGGCUGGAGCCCUCCGCUCAGCAGCGGCGGCCAGCCGCGAUGCCGUGGCCGGGCGGAGGCGGCGGCAAGCGGCGAGAGAGCUCCGAGCUACCGCUGCCCGCCGGAUGGGAGGAAGCCCGAGACUACGACGGAAGAGUGUUCUUCAUCGACCACAACACCCGGCAAACUUCGUGGAUAGACCCCAGAGAUAGGAUCACCAAACCGCUGACCUUUGCCGACUGCGUCGGAGAUGAGCUGCCCCUGGGCUGGGAGGAAGUCUACGACCAGCAAGUCGGGGUUUACUACAUCGAUCACAUCAACAAGACCACGCAAAUCGAGAACCCGCGGACCCAAUGGCGCCAGGAGCAGGAGCGCAUGUUGAAGGAGUACCUGGUGGUGGCGCAGGAGGCCCUCCGAGCCAAGAAGGAGAUGUACCUGGUCAAGCAGCAGCGACUGGAGCUGGCCCAGCGCGAAAUGUUGCUUUUCCACGAGCUCUCCGAGGACAGCCGCUCCGUCGCGAGCUGCGCGCUCUCCGGCUCAUCCUCAGGCGCGAAAUAUGACCCUGACCAAAUCAAAGUGGAAGUGGCUUGUAGGCGAGAGCGGCUUUCCCGACUGAAGCAUGAGCUGGCCCAGGUGAGGCAGGAGCUGCAGUACAAGGAAAUGGGCGUGGAGACACUACAGGAGAUCGACCGUAAGAUGUCGUGCAGCCAGACCAACUACAAACUGGACGAGGCCCAGGCCAUCUUCAACGAACUGCGCAGCAUCAAGAAGGCCAUCAGCGCGGGCGAGAAGGAGAGGCAGGACCUCAUCCAGAGCCUGGCCAAGCUGACGGUGAACUUCCAGAGCAGCUUGUGCGCGGGUGACGCCGCCGGCGAGGUGGUCAACAGCGGCGGAGGGGGAGUGGCCACGGGAGCCGGCGAGCAGCGGUACUGCGACGCCGGCUGCCAGACGGACGUGAUGGCGGGAGAGGACUCCUGCCGCAUGGUGGACAAGGUCAAAGUCAACUGGCAGUACGAGGAAGCAAAGAAGAAGGUGCAGAGUAUCCAGCACCAGCUGGCCCAGCUGGACAGCGAGAGCUGGUCGGGCCGAGCCGAGGCCGACCGCGACCGAGAUUUCAUGCAGUUGUUGCGUGAGAAGGAAGCUCUGCUGCACGACAUCAUCAUGAUCAGCAAGCAGCACAAGAAGGCUCACGGCCCCGAUCCGGGUCCCGAUCCCGAUCAGAGUCCCGGUCCCGAUCCCGACCCCAAUCCCGGUCCUGACACGCUCCGGCAUCUGGAGGAGGAACGCUGCCGUUUGGAGGAGGAAGUGCAGCGGGCGCACAGCUUACAGAGUCAGGGAGCCAAUCAGAGGCUCCUGCAGCAGGAGAAGAGGAACAUGUUACUACGACAGCUGGAGGAGGCCACGCGCAUCACCACCUACCUUCACUCUCAGCUCAAGAGCCUGUCCGCCAGCUCCCUGACGGUGUCGUCCAGCAGCAGCCGCGGCUCCCUGGCAUCCAGCCGCGGCUCGCUGGCAUCCAGCCGCGGUUCCCUCAGCUCCAUCAGCUUCAGCGACAUCUACGGCGUGCCGCAGUACGAGCGCCACGACGAGCCGACGGACCCCCACCUGCGCUUCGUGCUGCCCGCGGAGGCCACCUCUCGGGACGCCUACACGCCCGAGCCGUCCGCUCCCAGCAAGGCCAAGCGCGCUCACGACACGCCGCAGUCGCUGGCCUCGCUGUCGUCGCGCUCAUCGCUCUCCUCGCUGUCGCCGCCGAGUUCGCCCAUGGACACGCCUUACCACUCGACGUCUCAGGACAGCCCCCUUUCGCAGAUGACCGAGGAGUACAUGGAGCAGGCGGGACGCGGGCUGCUGGAGGGUCUGCGCGCCCACUCGCAGCAGGAGGCGGUCGCCCUGGUCGCCGCGCACGCUGCCGACCCAAAGAACCACAGAGAUGGAGGCUCUCAGGGGGCUUUCAACUCAUCUGGGGUGACUCUGCGCGGCAACAGCGGCAGCAGAAGCAGCAGGAGGACCAGGAGGGUCUCGGCUGGCAUCUCCGAGGACGCUCUGGCCACAGACAGUGGCGUCUUUGAGGCCUGGGGCAGGAGCUAUAGUGUGCUUUCUUCCAGGGCGGAGGAACCUGAGGAGAUGUCCUACCUGAAGGAGCAGACGUCAGCCGGCGAGCCAACGCAGAUCCAGCUGGGACUCCUGUGGGAGUCCACCUCCCAGUCCUUGCGUCUUCAUCUGCUCCAGCUCAAGAAUCUGAGCAGGUCUGUCCUGAGGGACGGAUACAAAAUCUUUGUGAAGGUGCACCUGAUUGCGCCGGACGCGGGCCGGGCCUGCGCCUUCUACUGCUGCACGGCUCUGGAGCCGCAGACCCACUUGAGCUUCAACGAAGGCUUCCGCGUUCCCGUGCCCGCUAAUGCCCUGGGCGGGUGCGCCCUGCAACUGUCCCUCUGCCUGCUCGGGCCGCAGGCUCAGGAGGAGCUCCUGGGCAUAGCACGGGUGGGCCUGGCCGAGUGCGAAGAGAGUGCCGACAUGAUCUACCACUGGCUGAAGGUCCAAAUGCUCGGCGGGGCGGAGCCUCCCAGACCCGAGCUGAGGGCUCAAGUCCAGCGGCGACAUCACGAUGGGCCCGAGGACGAGCACAGACCGAGAGCCCUGGAGAGCUCGUGCGGCCCGUCGUCGAGGACCGACGCCGACCCGGACCCGCUGCCGAGGCUGCAGGCUGAGUCGGCGGACAGCGGCUGCGGCAACAGCACGCCGUGCGAGCGGGCGCUGGCAAAGGCGACCACGCUGAAGGUGGAGAAGGCUACCAUGACAGAGGGACACUUUGCAGAGGCGGUGCGAGUGCGGGGGAAAGAGAGGGGCGGGGCACGCUGGGGACACGCCGCGCCCUUCAUGCGUGGCAGCACCAUCGUGCGCUCGCAGACCUUCUCUCCCGGAGCUCGCAGUCAGUACGUCUGCAGGUUGUACCGCAGCGACAGCGACAGUUCCACCCUCCCAAAGAAAUCGCCGUUUGUCCGAAACACGCUGGAGCGGCGGACGCUGCGCUACAAGCAGCAGUCGUACCGUUCCUCGCUGGCCGAGCAGCCCACGCGCACCUCGCUGGACCUGGAGCUGGACCUCCAGGCCUGCAGGACGCGCCAGAGGCAGCUGAGCGAGGAGCUGAGCACCCUCAGGGAGCUCAAGCUCCGUCUGGAGGAGCCGCCGCCGCCGCCGUCGACUCGCCGCCCCGCCAGCCAGGAUGGAGAGCUGCCCCACUGGGCCCUGAGGGACGAGCGCUUCCGCUGCCUGCUGAGAGAGGCCCACAGACAGGCGGGUCAGAGCGAGCAGGAGCAGCGUCAGGAGGAAGAAGUUGGGAGGAGGCUGAGGAAGGCGUCCAAAGAACUCCUGCACAUGAGGGGGCAGAGCCACAAGGAACCGCUGCCCGUUCACACAUUUAGAGAGAAGAUGGCUUUUUUCACCAGACCAAGGUUCAACAUGCACGUACCUCCUUUGCCGGCUGACGACGUGUGACCUGCGCGCCCCCCGCGUCACAUGACAUGAAGUAUUUGUGCUACUUUCCACACCCGCGCACGCACACACACACACACACAAAGUCAUGAAGUGUUUGUGUGUCAUGAGGAAACUCUUAUUCCUGCGAGAGUGGUCUUCUGCUUGCUUGACGGGAACAAAAAGUUUGAAAAGAAACAAAAAAACACACACACAGAAGCUACUUACUGUACUGUAACUUAUUUUAUAGUACUUUUUUCCUUGAAGGAAAUUUGGAAGAAAAAACAAAUCAUCAAACAAAACCUGCUUCCUGCUUUUUAAGUGUAUUUUGUAGCUUUGGAACAAAUAGCACUUAAGUGUUUGUACUUAUCUUAAACGCAAUGUAUUUACAUCCAGUGUCACUUUGUAAUCCAGCUUUAUUACAGAUGUUUUUUUUUUUUUGGUAUUAAAAUUAAUAUUAUUUCAUGUACUUUUCAAUAUACAGAUGAAACACUGUAUUCAGAUUUUUUUUUUUCUAAUGAUGUUGUAUGAGCAUCUGCAGUGUUACCUCUUUUGUGAAAAUAAAGUUAUUAAACCAC